UUUUCAACCCUUGAAGACCAUGUACUUAACACGAAAGUGUCGAGCAAUCAGGAUCUCAAAGAGUGUUGUUUAGGGCCCUCCAUAGUGUUGUGCACUAGUAGUGCUUCAACCCAUGACACGGUUGGAAAAGAAAAAGUUUAUUUAUUUAUGGUUCAAAUCGAACUGAAAUGACCAAACUGCUCCUUAGACACGAUAUUUGACAACUGCUCAAUUAACUGCCAUCUUGAGACAAUAUUCUCCUCCUCUGGUUCCAUCUAUAUAACCCCAGAGUGUCUUCUUUUUUUUCACCAGAACAACAUCUGAGUGGGUUUUUUGUUUCCUACAUAGUUGUUACCAUAUUUGAGAGAGGUUUGUUUUCUUCAGCAUUUUGGUGGUCUUUGGCAAAGGAAGAAAUAUGGGUGUGAACUCUAACAGAGUGGAACACUUUGCAUGUCCAGAAACCACUCUGACAAUCCCAGCAGAGUUGGGAGCAAUGCAAAUUCACGACGUUUGCUUGCCACCAGAGAAAACCACCUUUCAUAAACUGAAGCACAGGCUCUCAGAGAUCUUCUUCCCAGAUGACCCACUCUACAGAUUCAAGAAUCAAACAUGCUUCAACAAGUUGAUUCUUGCUCUUCAGUUUUUCUUUCCUAUAUUCCAGUGGGGCUCUGAGUACAAUGUUAGUCUUCUCAGGUCUGAUGUCAUCUCUGGUCUUACCAUUGCUAGCCUCGCUAUCCCACAGGGAAUCAGUUAUGCAAAGCUUGCCAAUUUGCCACCUAUAGUCGGGCUAUAUUCAAGCUUUGUGCCCCCAUUGAUUUACUCAAUCCUUGGAAGUUCGAGACAUCUUGGAGUUGGGCCAGUGUCAAUAGCAUCCUUGGUGAUGGGAUCAAUGCUAAGCGAGGCUGUCUCUCCUAAUGAAGAGCCGGAUCUCUAUCUUAAGUUGGCCUUCACUGCCACCCUCUUUGCUGGUUUGUUUCAGGCUUCUCUUGGUUUAUUAAGGUUAGGGUUUGUAAUUGACUUUCUGUCCAAGGCAACUCUAGUUGGGUUUAUGGCUGGUGCUGCAGUCAUCGUGUCAUUGCAACAGUUGAAAGGAUUGCUGGGAAUCGUCCACUUCACAAGCAAAAUGCAAAUGAUUCCUGUCAUGUCCUCUGUUUUAAAACAGAGAGAUGAGUGGUCAUGGCAAACCAUUGUUAUGGGUUCUGGUUUCCUCCUCUUUAUGUUGACUACAAGGCAUAUCGGCAAUAGGAAACCGAAGCUUUUUUGGGUCUCGGCAGCAGCCCCAUUAACGUCAGUUAUUCUCUCAACACUUAUAGUUUUCCUCCUCAAGUCUAAGGCUCACGAAAUUCCAGUUAUUGGGCAUUUGCCAACGGGCCUUAAUCCUCUUUCACUAAACAUGAUAUACUUGAGUGGCCCUUAUCUAGCUGUCGCUAUUAAAACCGGCAUCGUGACGGGGAUCUUAUCUCUCACUGAAGGAAUUGCAGUGGGGAGGACAUUUGCUGCUUUGAAAAACUACCAAGUCGAUGGAAACAAAGAAAUGAUGGCUAUUGGCCUUAUGAACAUGGCUGGCUCAUGCUCUUCAUGCUAUGUUACCACAGGAUCCUUUUCUCGAUCGGCUGUAAACUGCAACGCCGGAGCACAAACAGCGGCGUCAAAUAUUGUGAUGGCUUCAGCUGUGCUUGUGACUCUACUGUUUCUAAUGCCUCUGUUUUAUUACACCCCAAAUGUCAUCUUGGCGGCCAUCAUCUUAACUGCUGUGAUCGGGCUGAUAGAUUAUCAGGCGGCAUACAAAUUGUUCAAAGUUGACAAGCUUGAUUUCAUGGCGUGUUUGUGCUCCUUUCUUGGUGUUCUUUUCAUUUCAGUGCCUCUAGGACUUGCCAUUGCGGUUGGAAUAUCAGUUUUCAAGAUUCUGUUGCAUGUCACCAGGCCAAACACAAUGGCUUUAGGGAAUAUCCAGGGUACUCAAAUAUACCAAAACCUCAGUCGGUACAGAGAAGCUUCAAGGGUCCCCUCCUUUCUCAUUCUUGCUGUUGAGUCUCCCAUCUACUUUGCAAACUCAACUUACCUGCAAGAAAGGAUGUUAAGAUGGGUUCGAGAAGAGGAAGAGUGGAUAAAAGCAAACAAUGCUAGUACACUGAAAUGUAUAAUUUUGGACAUGACAGCUGUGACAGCCAUAGACACAAGUGGUAUUGACGCAAUAUGUGAAAUCAGAAAGAUGCUGCAGAAAAGAUCACUCAAGCUUGUGUUGGCAAAUCCUGUGGGAAGUAUAAUGGAAAAGCUAGAUCAGUCGGAACUCUUGGAAUCCUUCCGUGUGAAUGGAAUCUACCUCUCUGUUGGAGAAGCGGUGGCUCACAUUUCUUCUUUGUGGUAUCCUCAGGCAUGAUGACUUGCACAACAAUGGAAAGAAAGAACGAAGAGAUUGAUUGCAAACCUUGGCAAUCAAACAAGAGUUCUAGCCACAGGACUUUUCUUUUGUUUUCUAUUCGGAGAGAAUAUUUAAAGGCUGUUUUUCUUUUUCCUUUCUUUUGUUUUUUUGUCCCUUUCUCGUGGGAAAGAUGAAAGCUAUGCUCUUCAAAAACAAGCGAUUUUGAAGUUCAAAAUUUUUGCACUUCACCAGGCUCAA